ACAGUAUAUUUCCUUCCGGUGAGCUUCAUGUGCGUCAUGUACAACAAAGUGAUGCGUUAAGCAGCUUCAACUGUCGUACUAAACACAGACUUACGGGCCUUACUGUUAUGAGUCAUAAUCCUGGAAGAAUAAUCGUUACAGAACCUUAUGGACAAGUGCCACCUCGUAUUACGCACACAGCUUCCCGUGUUCUCGUGCGAAAUGGAGAAAGUGCUCUUUUACCUUGUGCAGGACAAGCUUUUCCAUUGCCGAGUUAUCGAUGGUACAAGAAAGAAGGUGGAAUAUCCGUGAUCCCAGUUAAAUUAAGUCAUGGAAAAAGAGAAAUGGUUGGUGGUACAUUAAUACUACGGUCUGCUGAACUCAAAGACAGCGGUCGUUACGUUUGUGUGCUCGCAAGUUCAGGUUCUGAGGACAAGGCGGAAACGGAGCUUGUGGUAACAGAUAAAUUGUCAGUUUCGAUAUAUCCCCAUGAAAGGAUCGCAGACAUUGGAGAAAUGGUUACUUUUAACUGCAGUAUUCGAGGGUUUCCAAUAUCAUCUGUGCGCUGGGCUAAAGAUGCCAAAUUCAUUUUAGAUGGCGGCCGAAUUCGCAUCAUAGGUAGAAAUCAGCUGAUGGUGACAUCUGUGCGUCGAGAGGAUCAUGGCAUUUAUCAGUGUUUCGCCAGCAAUGAUGGAGAUUCCGCACAAGGAGCUGCUCAAAUGCUGAUUGGAGCUAAUCCACCUGAGUUUCUGCAUACCUUUGAAAACAUUACUGUAAAUCCAGGCUCAUCGGUGUCUCUCAAAUGUGCUGCAUCUGGAAAUCCAUUACCUCAAAUCACGUGGUCUUUAGAUGGAUCUCAGGUACCUGAAGAUCAGAGCUUCCGAUCAGGAGAUUACGUCACACUGGAAAAUACUGUAGUGAGUUACGUUAAUAUUUCACGAGCUGGUGUAGAACAUUCUGGAGAGUUUACAUGUACAGCGAAAAAUGAUGCUGGUGAAGUUCAACACAGUAGAUGGCUAAGGGUACCCGGUCCUCCUUUCGUACGGCCGAUGAAAAAUCAAACAAUCGUAGCUGGUGAAUUAAUGAAAAUUAGGUGCCCUGCUGGAGGUUAUCCAAUUCAUAGGAUAUCUUGGGAAAGAGAUGGAGUUCGCUUGCCAGAUAACCAUCGGCAAACAGUGUAUCCAAACGGGACCCUCCUAGUACGGCAGGUAGAAAGGACUGUAGACGAAGGUCGUUACACGUGCACCCUGAGGAAUAAGGAAGGAGAAAGCGCUCGAGGCAGUGUUUACAUUACUGUAAGAGUUCGUCCAGUAAUUGAACCUUUCAAUCUUCCUCCAUCUGUUCAAAUGGGACAAAGACUGAGCAUCACGUGCACAGUAAUAAAAGGUGAUCCACCCAUUACUCUCAAGUGGUUGAGGGACGAUCACGUGUUAAAGAAAGAUGGAGAUGUAAGGAUUCACAACCUAGCUGACUAUUCUUCGACGCUUCUGUUUGAUCCUGUUAAGCCAGAACACAGAGCUAAUUACACCUGUAUAGCAAGCAACGAGGCAGGAUCGGAAAGACACAGCGCAGCAAUGGUAAUUCAUGUUCCUCCGCGGUGGAAGUCGGAACCAAAUGAUGUUGACGUCAUCAAAGGGCGGAGCGUAAUGAUUGACUGCGAAGCGGAAGGAUUUCCGCCUCCGAGAUUAACGUGGAGAAAAGCUGAAGGGAGCGUGCCGGAAAGUUAUAAGCCAAUCAGUAGCAGCUCUCAUCUUCAUGUCUUUGAAAAUGGAUCUCUAACAAUUCUGGAUGUCAGUGAAAACGACGCAGGCUACUAUCUUUGUCAAGCUUCAAAUGGCAUCGGAUCUGGUCUAAGUAAAGUCAUCAGCCUUACAGUACAUGUUGCUGCUCAUUUUACGAACAAAUUCCAUGCAGAGAUAGUAAAGAAAGGAGAGGAGGCCAAACUUUCCUGCCAAGCAUAUGGAGAGAGGCCAUUGAAUAUUUUAUGGACGAAAGAUCGUCAACCGCUGAACACGAAGGUUAUGACAAGGUAUCGACAAGCAGAGACAGUUUUUAAUAAUGGAAGUCUAUCAGAAUUACUGAUAGAAUCUGUGGAUAGAGGUGAUUCAGCGCUUUUCACUUGUCUUGCUUCAAAUGCGUACGGAAAAGACGAAACCAAUAUACAGCUGAUAAUCCAAGACCGUGAAACUCGGCUUUCACUGGCGGCAUACAGCUCUUGUGAAAGCCAUGAAGUUAUAGCAGUUCUAUUUCGUUGUGCCGAAUGUGCCAUAAUAGCAAUCCUCAGUCGUCGUUGUGGAUCUUGGUCGACCUUCUGCAGGUCUGCUGGAUAUGAAUUCAAUGUCCUGAAACUCUUCGUCUCAUUCUAUGAUCCAUAUGUUCGUGGCUAUUCAUUUUACCUGAUGCCAGAUGAAAUUACUCAACUCUUGUGA